AUGGAAUGGCGUUGCGUAUGCGGAGUGGCCUGGGAGGAUGUCGGGGGAGGCUGUGAGGAUCCUCAAGACGCCCGCCGUCGAAAGAGACUUAGAAGCAAAAGGCUACCGCUCCCUCGCCGUCGUCCUCGUGCAUUCCUACACCUAUCCAGGGCAUGGACGCCCAUCGGCAGCCUAGCCCGCUCCCUCGGGUUCGCCCACGUAUCAAAAUCAGCACAGCUCCUCCUCAUAAUCACGAUGGCCCCGCGUGGUUUGUCCUCAGCAGCCGACGCGUACCUCGCAUAA